CUUGGAUGCAGCCGUGACCCGGAAGUGUUUCCGGGACCAUUGACGGCAAUUGACGGAGGCGUUAUUAAAUAGCGUUAGCUGUCAGCCGGGUUCAGUCAUUGUGCAGGGAUGGAGGUGACACGGAAAAAUUAUAAAAGCUGUCUAAACACCGUAUACAGCGCCAUUGAGGAGGCUGACUUUCUUGCCAUCGACGGUGAAUUUUCAGGGAUAAGUGAUGGCCCAAACGUCAGUGCACUAACCAACGGCCUGGACACACCAGAGGAGCGAUACACGAAGCUGAAAAAGCAUUCCAUGGACUUUCUGUUGUUCCAGUUUGGAUUGUGUACAUUCACAUAUGACCAGACCAAUUCAAAGUACAUCAUAAAACCUUUUAAUUUUUAUGUAUUCCCAAAACCCUUCAACAGAACAUCUCCAGACAUCAAGUUCAUCUGUCAGAGUUCCAGUAUUGACUUUCUGGCCAGUCAGGGCUUUGACUUCAACAAGGUCUUCUGUCAUGGAAUCCCGUACUUGAACCAAGAGGAGGAGGCUCACCUGAGGGAGCAGACGGAGGAGAGGAGGAACCAACACGCCAACGGUGUAGGGACACCGUCCUACAUCUCUCCGUCCUCCUCCAAAGGCCCGGCACACGUACCUGAAGAACAUAAGGAGUUCAUCAGCAGGGUGGUAGACAGAGUGGAGGCGCUCUUCACAAAACCCGACAAGACUCUGGACCUGGAACCGUGCACAGGGUUUCAGAGGAAGCUGAUAUACCAGACCCUGAACUGGAAAUUUCCCAAAGGACUUCACCUGGAAACCAUCGAAACAGAGAAGAAGGAGCGCUACAUCCAGGUCUGCAGAGUGGAUGAGGAGGAGAAAAGGAAGAUGGAGCAGCACAAACAGGAGAGGGAGCAGGAAGAAUUAAACGACGCCGUGGGAUUCUCCAGGGUGGUUCACGCCAUCUCUAAAUCGGGUAAACUGGUGGUCGGACACAACAUGCUUCUGGACGUGAUGCACACCAUCCACCAGUUCUACUGUCCUCUUCCAGAUGAUCUCCAAGACUUCAAAGAAGUCACCAUGUGUGUUUUCCCACGACUUCUGGACACAAAGUUGAUGGCUUCUACUCAACCGUUCAAGGAGCUGAUCACAAACACAUCUCUGGCAGAGCUGGAGAAACAGUUGAAAGAGACUCCGUUCAAGGCUCCACAAGUCGAUACGGCACAGGGGUUCCCCAGUUACAACACGGCCCAGGAGCAGCUCCACGAGGCUGGCUACGAUGCCUACAUCACUGGCCUCUGCUUCGUCUCCAUGGCCAAUUAUCUGGGUUCUUUUUUGACUCCUCCCAAAUCUUACAUCUCGCCUCGAUCCAAACUCAUUGAGCCUUUCUUCAACAAGCUUUUCCUCAUGAGGAUAAUAGAUAUUCCCUACCUCAACGUCACAGGACCAGAUUUGCAACCCAAACGAGACCACGUCUUACAUGUCAGCUUUCCAAAAGAAUGGAAAACCAGCGACCUCUACCAGCUGUUCAGUGCCUUUGGAAGUAUCCAGGUUUCAUGGAUAGACGACACGUCGGCCUUCGUCUCCCUGAGUCAGACGGACCAGGUCCAGAUCGCCAUGAACACCAGUCGCUACGCAGAGAGUUACAGGAUCCAGACUUAUGCAGACUACGUCCAGAACAAGCAGCAGCAGGAGGAGAAGAAACUGGGACAAACCAACAAGAGCUGGGGAGAAGAUGGCUGGGUGAAGCCCCACUUCACCUCCUCUGCCUCCACUUUUGCUUAUUCAAGGGCUUUAAGAAAACGCAGCAUCAGUCCUGUCCACGGUGAGCAGGGCAGUGGAGAACUGGUGUCUGCAGAUGGUUGGAACCAGUACUCUUAUCCAGAAAGCACCGGCAGCAAGAAGAUGAAAACUGAUGACGCAAGUCGACGAGCACAUUUAGAGGCGGUCCAGAGCAAGACAUCGGAGGCGUGGCUGAAGACCACAGAUGCGUCACAUUCAUCAGGUUUAAGUCCAGUACCUGAUGAGGAGGGGGAGUCAAGUCCAGAGGGCUCCGAUCCAGCCGACAACGCUGAGGGGACGGUCACAUGGCAACAAGCUUCUGCCAGUCGAAAUAGAGGUCAAAAGGGCAAGAAAAAGAAGUCUGAAGCCACUGAAUCUCCACCAUCGCUGUUCGAAGUCCCAGAAGUCUGGUAGCCAGAGCGGAGGACGGAGGUGGAGAAACCCGUCUCCCACGCCGAGCCACAACCCACGGUUUCCUCGUAAGCACUUCCUGCACUCUCCUCCACAGUCCACCCACUCGCUCCAAGUCUCAGACACCAGCAGCUGAGCUGUUUUUUUACUGGACCAUUUGUCAGAGAAAACAUAAGCCAUAAUGACAGCUGCCAUAUUUUGAUCGCACACCUGAGGAGCGGGAAACUCUUCUGAGCACAAACCAACGUCAGAAAUCACCUGCUCUGGUGUCGUCAAACUUCUACCACACACUUUCACCUUCGCUGACUAGUUUUAAUGACGCUACUCCUGCUGAGUGGUGUGUGUGUGUGUGUGAGUGAGAGAGAGAGAUGAACAUUCUCUUGUCUUUAAUGCCCCCCCCCGCCCCCCCCUCGACCCCUCCCAUUAGUUGUGACAUAUAAAUGCCAUUGGACAGGUCCUGUAGUUUACUAUGUCAGGGUUGUUUAGUAUUUUAAUGGAGUCAUUUUUAAAGGAACAAAGGUCCUUUCAUCUCCUCCACUUUUAUCAGAUGUGAGCUUAUCAAUGAUAAUGUCAUAUUUAUUAUUGGUGACAAUUCAUGAGGUGCUUGUGCUUUUUGUACAGAUUAUUUUUCCUUAUAUUUUUGUGUCAAAUGUUUUGUAACUGUCAACUACAAUAAUGUUCUUUGUAUGUUCUAAUCCAAAGGUGUAAACGGAAGACUCGUCUACACUUUUGUCCAUUUAAAAGUCCUUCGUUUCCUUGGAAAGGAGGAAAAAAUUAAAGAAUGUUUCUUAGUAAAA